ACCGGUGUGCCGACCAUCAAUAUUCUUGGUAGAGACUACCCGACAGACUCGUAUACGAACAUAACCCCUACGAUCAUCUCGAAACUCCCUCUACAACUGCAUAGGCAACCCGGGCAUCCUAUUUGCACGCUCCGAACCCUGAUCGAGUCCCAUUUCGCCUCCUUCUCCCACCUCUCAUCGGUUUCGCCCAUCGUUUCGCCCUACCAGAACUUUGACUCGCUUUCCUUCCCAGCAGAUCACCCAGGCCGUUCUGUCACGGACAGCUACUACAUCAACAAAGAUGUGAUGCUUCGAACACAUACGAGCGCGCAUGAGGUGGAGGUCUUCGAGCGGGGCGAGAUACAAUGGCUGUUGACGGCCGACGUCUACCGGAGGGACGAGAUCGACGGCAGCCAUUACCCUGUCUUCCACCAGAUGGAGGGGGCAAGGAUAGUCGAUGCGACUGAGUCAAGUAUUAGCGAGAUACAAGAGGACAAUGAGCGGUUGUUGCGGCACUUGGAAAGAUCUAACAUCGUCAUAGAAGACGUCCCCCAUCUUACACCCGCUAACCCAGCUCAGCCUUCGCAUAAUCGGAUACAUUCCGAGGCAGUUGCGUUGAAUCUCAAACUGUAUCUCAACAGUCUCUUGUUGGAGCUGUUCGGUGGAAGCGCUGGAGCGACCAAAGAGGACCCGUUGAGGGUCCGCUGGAUAGAGGCAUACUUCCCUUUCACAAGUCCCAGCUACGAAGUCGAAGUCUUUUUCCGCGGUAAAUGGCUAGAGAUUCUCGGAUGCGGUGUUGUCCUACAGUCAACCCUGGAUCGCGCAAAGGUUCCCAAUAAAAUCGGAUGGGCAUUUGGUCUAGGUCUGGAGCGGAUAGCCAUGAUCCUCUACUCCAUUCCUGAUAUCCGACUAUUCUGGUCCUCUGACCCGCGCUUCCUGUCCCAGUUCAAAGCCGGCGAGAUUUCAACGUUCAAGCCUUACUCGAAAUACCCGUCAUGUUUCAAGGACGUUAGUUUUUGGUUACCUGAGCAAGCCGAGGGAGACGCAAAAAUGCACGAAAAUGACUUCUGCGAUCUCGUCAGAGAUGUUGCGGGAGAUCUAGUGGAAGACGUGAAAGUCAUUGACAAGUUCACGCACCCAAAAACAAACCGGGAUAGCAUUUGCUAUAGAAUUAAUUAUCGUUCAAUGGACCGAUCCCUGUCUAACGAAGAAGUUAACGUCUUGCAGGCCGAGGUCGUCUCACGCUUAAAAGAUCGUUUCGGAGUUGAGAUUCGUUAG